UAAUUUCUAAAAAACAUUCCCGGGAAUUUUUCGCCAGCCAAAUUCCCUAAACUUUGCGCGAACGAUUUUUUGUGCCCGAGAUUUUGCGGGCAAGAAAAAGUAUUCCCCAGAAAUCUCGGGAGAGAAUAAUCAUUUUCUAUUCGUUGUUGAGAAGGAAAUAUGACGUAAAAAUGUAACAUUUUAUUUAUUUUAUGAUAAUCUAAAAGCAUCAAAUCGCAUCUGUGUUUGUAUUAUAAAGUUUUUCUAAGUUUUUAACUUACCUUUUUUCUUCUUAACUUUCUCUAAAACGUAUAAUCUAAAAUGUCUGAUCAAAUAAACAGAAACACUGGUGGCGGUCCUUCCAACAACGAUUCCGCAGAUAAAAGCCUUGAUAGAACCAAAACUACACCUGGUCAAAUUAAGGCUAUGAUUGGUUUCUUUGAGACUGGUAGUCAGAUAAAAAAAAGAGAUAUCAUUGAGAGGUUGUUUCAGCAACUUCUGGCAGAUGAAGUAAUUCCGUCUUCCUGGAAUUUCAAAUCGGUUGGAAAACGUUUUGAACGCCAACUCGCAAAGUAUCGCGAUGUAGAAAGAGAUAUGAACUCUACCGGUUUUGGCUUGACUACAGAUGACAUUAAACGUGGACUGACCUCCAUCGAGAUCAAGUGUGAACAUUUGUGUAUUGGAUUUUCUCGUUUUGCUGCUCUGCAUAGUGCUAGACCAAUCAUAACUCCUUAUUGUGUAGCUUGCCAUGGUGCUCAUGGUGGUACCGACUACACAUACUCCAACAGAGUAAGGCCAUCAUUAGCUGCAAUUGAGGCACAAACGUUUGCAGAUUUUGGUGGUCAACAAGAGGCGAUUGAAGAGGUCAGUCGAUUGUUAGUUGGAAGUGAUUCAGCUGAAUCUUCAACAAGAAUAUCUGCUUCUCUUUCCUCUGGUGCUCCUUUAGCUGCUGAUGUUCCUUUGGCUUCUGGUUCUCCUUUGGUUGCUGGUGCUCCUUUGGCUGCUGGUGCUCCUUUGGCUGCUGGUGCUCCAUUGGCUGCUGGUGCUUCACUUUCCUCUGGUGCUCCUUUGGCUGCUAGGUCUUUGUCUGCUUCACCUGUGUCUACUGAGCGUUCUCCCUCUUUCCGUUUUUCUUCUGUUGGGCCAUUCUCAAACGAACCUGUCUCUUUCCCUCGUCCUGCUUUUGAAGUACCAGCUACCAAUGUUGCUUCUUCUGGUCUGUUGGCUCCAUCUAAUACCCAGCCAUCAAGUCGCACACCAUUAUUUGAAUCAUCAUCAGAGAAUAAUUGGUUCGAUUCCUUUUCUUUUGAUGAUGGUGGAGAUUUUGAUGACGCUGGAUCGUAUCAUGCUGUGGACCAUGACAGCAAUGUCAACAGUGGUAGUGCUACUCGUGCUGGUGGUGGUGUUGCUGGUGGUGUUGCUGGUGGUGCUCGUGUUGCUGGUGCUGGUGCUGGUGCUGGUGCUGGUGCUGGUGCUGGUGCUGGUGCUGGUGCUGGUGCUGGUGCUGGUGCUGGUGCUGGUGCUGGUGCUGGUGCGGUGCUGGUGUUGGUGGUCGUGGUGGUGCUCGUGGUCGUGCUCGUGGUCUUGCUCGUGGUCGUGGUCGUGGAGGUAUCUCUGAGGGAUCCUGUCGAUGAUGAUGAUGUAUAUGAUGAUAAAGAGUAUCUUUACAAUCUUGAUAAAGAUGAAGAUGAGCACGACGACGGUAAUCCUUCAACAGAUGUAGAUUAA